GGCAACGUUCCCAUUUAUCACCAGGCCCUAAAUCUCCGGUGGGCGCUGUGCAUGGCCGCGCCUCUGGGGCCGCGCGCCUAUGAGGGCGGCGGCUGGCCGGAGCAGGGCGGCGCCGGGCCGGGGGCGAGGCGGCUGGCCACGGCGCUGCUGUUCCUGGCGGCCGUCGCGCUGCCGUGCCUCGUGCUGUACCGCGCCGUGGCGCCCGGCGGGGUGCUCGUCCAGCCCGCCGCCCGCCUGCCGUGGCUGCAGGCCGGCGCGCCGCCGCACGACGACGACGACGUCGUCGAUCUGGUGCAGGAGAGCGAGAGCGAGGACGUGAGGCUGGAGCGGGUGCUCCGGGCGGCGGCGAUGCCCAACGACACGGUGAUCCUGACGACGCUCAACUCGGCCUGGGCGGAGCCGGGGUCCAUGCUGGACGUGUUCCUCGAGAGCUUCCGGGUGGGCGAGCACACCCGGGAGCUGCUCGACCACCUCGUCAUCGUCUCGCUCGACCUCGCCGCGCACCGCCGCUGCAAGCAGAUCCACCCGCACUGCCUCGCCGUGGCCACCGAGGGCGUCGACUUCUCCGGCCAGAAGAACUUCAUGACGGACGGGUACCUGCGGAUGAUGUGGCGCCGGAUCGACUUCCUCCGGCAGGUCCUGGAGAAGGGCUACAGUUUCAUUUUCACGGACACGGACAUCGUGUGGCUGCGCAGCCCGCUGCCGCGCCUCUACGCCGAGGGGGACUUCCAGAUCGCCUGCGACCACUUCACCGGCGACCCCGACGACGUCCUCGGCAACGCGCCCAACGGGGGGUUCGCCUACGCGCGCGCCAACACCGAGACGGUGGAGCUCUACCGCUACUGGUACGCCGCCAGGGAGCGCCACCCGGGCCUGCACGACCAGGACGUGCUCAACCUCAUCAAGGCCGACCGCUACCUCACCGAGGUUGGCGUCAGGAUCAGGUUCCUCAGCACCGAAUUCUUCGGGGGCCUCUGCGAGCCCAGCCGCAACCUCAGCGCCGUCUGCACCAUGCACGCCAACUGCUGCGUCGGCCUCCGCCGCAAGAUCGCCGACCUCACCCUCAUCCUCCACGACUGGAGGAAUUUCAUGUCUCUCAGGGCCCCGGACAAGCGCUCCGCCUCAUGGAGCGCGCCACGGAACUGCAGAGGGAGAUGUUUUCUUCGUCUGAUAUAUGUCUUGUCCAUACAUACAUGUGAUGGUCGCUUUGCAGCCUGGAUAAAGUGGAGGAGUAGGACACGCUGAGGACCAUUUGUUACUAGACAUGAGGUGAUUAGCCGCUGACUGAGGAGACAUGGAGGUGUGUAAAGAUUGUGUUCUGACAAUAUCGGUGCUAGCUUGUUUGCACCGUAGCCCAUAUAUUCACAUACACUCACUCACUAGGUGGCAGUUGCCAACCUAGCUAGUGACCCUGCUCAAAUUGAUUGAUUGCAACCGAAUGUAAUCAAGCGCUAAUUGAACUGUUUUCCGAUUCC